GAAAGUCGAGUUGGCAUUUGGGAGAUUUGCUGUGUUCGGAUCGAAAAAAUUCCAAAGUUAAUUGUUUAAAAGCCAAGACGACUGCUUUAGCAAUCAGCCAACAAGUAAAUGUAUUGUUUAGUCAACUGCCAGAGGACAGUACCAAGUGCGUGUAAAUAAACGAGCGAUUUGUAUCCAACAUGUUGCACAACAAUGCGCCCUGGCUGCCACCGCAUCAGCAGCAGCAGCAGCAGCAGCAACAGGCCCCGCAGCAACAUGCAACGCCCCAACAGCAGCAGCAGCAGCAGCAACCUCAUCCUGCACAGCAGCAGCAUCAGCAGCAUCAGCAGCUCUACGCCAGCCAAAUGUUCCAGCAACAGCAGCCAAAUUACUGGCCGGAGGAUCAGCAGCAGCAGCAGCAGUCGCUGAACUACAAUAACUACUUUGCAGGACAGCAGCAGCAACUGCCACUGCAGCAGCAACAGCAGCAACUGCCACUGCAGCAACAGCAGCCACAACAGCCUACGCAGCAGCAACAUAAUAUCCAGCAGCAACUGUAUUAUCCCACUCACCAGCAGCCACAAGUCCCGGCUCCAGCGGAACCCGCUCUGGACUCGUUUGACAACAAUAAUAGCGGCGGAGGAGGAGGAGGAGGUGGCUGGGGUGAUUGGGGCGAUUGGAACGACAAUAGCAACAACAAUAAUAGCCUUAGCAACGAGGCCUUGCUGGAGCCAUCGGGGCAACUGCUCGAGGACUCCUUCAAUGUCCAGUCCUCGCCAGGCAGUUGGCAAGCCUUUGCCACCGGCAAUAGUGUCAAUAACAAUGUGGAGCUGCCGCCUCCAACGGAUCAGCAGGCAGCAUCAUUGCCUCAGCAGCCGGAGGUUGGUCAGGAACCCGAACUGGAUGCCAUUGUGCCGCCCCAGGCUUUCCAAAACCAGCCACCAACAUCACUUUCUGCGUUUGCUGCACCACCAUUUGCUGUGGUAGCUCCUCCAGCGCCUCUUGCCGGCGGGGUAGCUCCUCCAGCGCCUCUUGCCGGCGUGGUAGCACCACCAACGGACGCCGCUGGCAUUGCACCACCGGCUGCACUGCCGCCCAGCUUGACUCCAGCGGCUGGCAAUCCCUUCAAGCGCUCCGCGGGCCUCAAUAAGCGAGUGAACAUAAUGGCCAGUCCGGCGGGCGGAGCUCCUUCACCACCAGCACCGGCUGUAGCGCCAUUAGCUCCUCCAGUUGCCCCGCCUCCCGGGGAGGCCCAUGGCGAUGGCUUCAACUUGCUGGCGGCACCACCUGUUGAGGCUUCACCAGGUGCCCCAAUUCCUGCAGCAACCGCAUCGCUGUACGCUCAGCCAGCGGUGGACAACCAGGAGGUGUUGUCCGCCCCUAAUGACGAGCGGGCGCAGUACCUGCAGACGAGUCACCUGUCCGAGCAGCUGGGCGAGGGCGAGGCGGAUCAGGAUGCGGGUCUGCUGCCGCCACCGGGCUUGUCCCGUCUGGUUCUGGGCCAGCCGGAGCUGGACUCGCAGCAGCAGCGCCUGGUCACCGGCGCCACGGAGCAGCCGGCGCUCGAUGUCGCCCAGGCGGCUGCCCUGCACAUGCAGGAGCGUCAGGCGGACGGCGAGGACACCUCGGACGACGGCGGGCAGCAAGUGCGCAAUAUACAGACGCCACCGCGUCGCGUCGUCACGGGCGUGGAGACGAACGCACCAUCGUUGAGGGAGCAGGUGCUGGAUGGUGAGAAUCUGGAGGAUCGCGAAGCCAUUCCGCCACCAGCGCUGGCCGAACUUCCCCCGACAUUGUCGGUACAUCACAAUAUUCAGCCCGAUGAGCCGGAGCUGCAGCUGCAUCACAUCAACCAACCGCCGCAGGCAGUCACCCCGCAACCACAGCAACCACAGCAACCGCAGCUACCUCUUCUACAGCAGCAGCAGCCGCAACAGCAGGAGAAGAAGCGGGCGGCGGCGGGGGGACGUCGCGCGAAUGCCUCGCUGGAUCUGGAGUCCGAGGACGAGUCGGAUGAGUUCCUGCAGAGCGAAAGGGAGCGCGAUCGGGAGCGCGAGCGCCGGGAUCUGAUGGACGAGCGGCAGGGCCGCGGACGCAGCCAUGGUCACUACACCUACGAUGGCGAAACGGAGGACUCGGUACGCGGUGCUGCCCACCACGAGACCAAAUCGCUGAGGGAAACGCAGCACAGGCGGAGCAACAAUCACGACUCGACGCGAUCGCGUCGCCAUCCAGCGGAACCGAAGGCCGAGCGGGAAAGGGAAAGGGAGCGGGAACGGGAUAGGGAGCGUGAGCGGCACUGGCGGCGACGCUCGAAUAAGUAUCACAGUGGCGGCGAGGAUCAGGAGCGUUCGUACGAUCAUUCGCGUCGCUACAACAACAGCAACUACGACGGCGAAUCGGAUAAUCCCGAGAUCAAUCAUCUCGGCGAGGGAGAACUCGAUGGCGGAGGCACUGAGGGAAGAGGAGGUGGUGGCCGGAGCAGUAAAACCGGCCGCAGCCAGCGACGCAGCGCCGCCGAGGAGCCGUCGUUCGACUACUACGAACCGGAACGCGAUCGUGAUCACGAUCGUCAAUACUCCAGACGCUCCAACAAACAGCCAUCGUCGGCCGACAAAUCGCGAUCGUCGGGCGGACGACGGAGCUACGAGAAUCAGGGACGCAGUGGCCGCCCAGAGGAGGGUCGCCGACGUCACCAGGAUCUGCGGAACUGGGACGGUGGCUACGAGGAGUACCGCCGGAAGAGCUCGCGCAACAGUGAUCUCGAGAAGGAGCGCAUCAACGGAGGCAACACCAGCGGCGGCGGCGGCGGUGGCAGCGGAGGAGGUGGUUCCGGUUCCGGCAAGCGUCGCAAUCAGUAUGAUCAGUAUGGCGGUGCCUACGAUUCGUACUCCAUGUACGAGCAGAUGUCGCGCAAUCCGCAUGCCUAUGCCGAUAUGUACGCCAAGUUCUACGGCCAGAUGAUCAACUCGAUGACGGCGGCCGCUGUCUCGGCGGCUGCCUCGAAGUCCGGAGUUCCUGGCGGCGCAGCAGCAGCAGCAGCAGCGAUUCCUGGCUUGGUGCCCGGCGCUGUUCCGGUGAGUGCCGCCCAGUUGGUGGCCGCCGCCGCCGCCGCAAGCGGAGGCAGUGUCAGCGGGAGCAGUGAAGCCGCCCUGCUGAGGGAGCGAGAAAGGUAUACACACGCAUACAUAACCCAAGCCAAUGAAUUCCAUCGCCAACAAUACAAAGAGCUGAUCUACCAGCAACAACAACAACAACAACAACAGCAACAUCACAGGGAGGAUCCGCUAAACUCGAGUUUUAACAUUACGGAGGAUAAUGCCAGUUUUUACGGAUCACGAGGAGGAUCCAUCUAUAACCAAUACCAUCCAUAUCCUUCGCUCUCCAGUGCCCGCUCGUUGAGCAAUUUAAACGGCGAUGGACGCAAUUCCCGAUGCGGACCGUAUUACGCUGGUUCCGAGUGCGGUCUCGAUAUCAGAGCUGCUGCCGAAGCGGCACCAUCGACCUACGGUGGAUUGGCCACCGCUGGAACGGUGACCACCACCGCGGUGGCUCGUCCGCCGCGCCGACGCACGCCCCUGCAGUUCAACCGGCCCCAUUUGGUGGCCUCGUACGCGAUGAGUCUGCUGCUGAAGGUGAAGCCCAAGUACGCCGGCCGCGGGCGUUUGCGCAACGAUGUGGAGGUGGCGCCGCCGCGCAUCCGCGACGGAACGAGCAGCCUGCUGCGCAUGUAUCCGGGUCCCCUGCAGGGCCGCAAGCUGCACAAGGACAAGAUCAUCAGCUUCUGCAAGGAACAGAUCCGACUGGGACCCACCAAGGGCUGCACCGUGCUCUAUGCCACCCAGAAGAGUCCGCAGGGCAGCGUGGUCAAGUACCGUGCCUCGCAUGCGCUCAUGUGGCACCUGCUCAUACUGCUGCUGCGCCAAAAUGGGUACAUUGCCGACACUGAUGUGGGCGAUCUGUUGCUGGAGAACCAGCAGGAGUAUCCCUACGAGCCCAGCGAGUACGAGGCGGAGAACGAGCCGGAUGUUGAGGCUGAACAGGAGGCCGCAGCUCCCGGGGAGAAGUCAGUGGAAUCGGAUUUAGACAGCGAAUCGGCAGCGGGAGCAGCUGCAGCCACGCCAGAGGAAACACCAGCCGGUGGCGCAACCAAUGGAGGCGAUGCGGGAGCUCCACAAUCGCCUCUGUCGGAACAGGCGGCCACGGACAAGUUCCGCAGCUAUGUGCUGCGCGGCAACGUCGAGGAGGCCCUCCAGUGGGCCACCGACAAUGGCCUGUGGACGCACGCCUUUUUCCUGGCCCUCUACGAGGAUCGCUACGCCCUGACGGAUGUCGCCCAGAAGUUCCUCAAUCGCGCGAUCAAGGCCAACGAUCCGCUGCAGACGCUCUACCAGAUGAAGAGCUGCCAGACGCCGGCGUGCGUCAGCCAGCUGAGGGACGAGCAGUGGGGCGACUGGCGGUCGCAUCUCUCCAUUCUGGUGACGAACAAGAGCCGCCAGCCGAAGUACGAUCGCAGCUCGGUGGUGGCGCUCGGCGACACGCUCUUCCAGCGGGGCGACAUCUAUGCGGCGCACUUUUGCUAUCUGGUGGCCCAGGAGGAGUUCGGCCGCUACGAUAGCUCGGCCACAGAGCUAACCACAUUGACCGCCAAUGUGCCCAGACUCAUCCUGCUGGGCUCCUCGCACUACAAGCACUUCAAUGAGUUCGCCAGCAACGAGGCCAUCAUCAUGACGGAGAUCUACGAGUAUGCUCGCUCGCUGUUCGAUCCCAAGUUCAGCAUUGCCCACUUCCAGCACUACAAGUUCCUGCUGGCCACCAGGAUCCUCGACUAUGGCCAGCACUUCCGCUGCACCAAUUACUUGGAGCAAAUCGCCAGGCACAUCGAGCUGAAGCCGGAGAGUUACGACAUUGAUUUUAUACAGAGGGUCUGCGGUUUGGCCGAACGCCUGCGCUACCAUGAUCCCAUCCUGAUCAAUCGCGUCUCUUUUGCGAGUCCCCCAAAUGCCGCCAGCAAGGAUAGCGCUGCGCCCGAGGAGAAGGCCUGGCUGCGUCAGCUGCGCUCCCUGGCCGAUGUGCAGCCCCAGCAGGAGCAAUUGCAAUUGCAUCAUCAAGUGCAGCAGCAGCAGCAGGAGCAGAACGACAUCGAUCAGCAGUUUGCCGAGGUGAACAAGCAGUUCAGAGAGCUGAACAUGCAGUACGAUGGUGGCAAUCUGGAGAGCACGCUGCAAACGCAAUUGCCUCCAGUGGAGCAGCAGCAGCAGCCAGCUCAGUCAGAGGUGCCUCCGCCGCAACAACAAUACUAUGAACCGCCACCAGCAGCAGCAGCAGCAGCAGCCCAAGUGCCAGCAGAAUCGGAUCCCUAUGGACAGCAGCAGGGAUCCUACUACGAUCCCAAUGCAGGAAUGCAGCAUCAAUACGAUCCCAAUGCUGGGAUACAGCACCAAUACGAUCCGAAUACCGAGGCCCACCAUCAGUACGAACAUGGCCAAAUAGAGCCUGCAAGUGAGGCCUACCAACCAGCAGCAGAUCCUUCAGCUGCUCCCGCUGGCUAUGGCUAUGAUUACUGGUCGGGCACCCAGCAGCCACCGUAUGGCGAUGAGCCUGCGUUAAAGGAUGAGGCGGAGGAGGAGGAGGAUGAGCAGCAGAUAUUGCAGCAGGCACAGCAGCAGCAGCAAUUGCGCGUGGCCAAGCAGCAACAGGAGCAACAUACUCGCACCAAUGGCGCCGCCAACAGCAACAACAAUCGCUUCAAGUCGAAUGCUUUGAAGCAGGAAAAAGGCAGCAGCAUCACUGCAUUGCGAAAAAGGCAGGAGGCUUCGAGAACAGCAACUAUAGCGGCGGCAGCAGCAGCAAUUGCCCAAAUAACACCAGCUAAAGUUGCAACAGCAGCAGCAGCAGCAACGACGACGGCAGCAACAUCGGCAAAGGCAUUCAAUUUGAAUGAUCUGCAGCAACAGCAGGCUCGCCCGGCGAUCUCCAUGCCCAAGUCGAAGAGCUAUGGCGACGAGGACGAUGGCGGUGCGGCUCAUCCUGGCCAGAAACCAACCCCGGAGGCAGCCGGCAAACAGCAGGCAUCGGGCAAGCAGUCCAAUUCCGGCGGUGAUCUUGGGGCACCUGGCAAUCAGAAUGCCGGCUGGUUUGGCGGACUCUGGAACAAGCUGUCGCUGAAGCCGAAGAACCAAAUGAUCCUGCCGGACGACAAGAAUCCGACCAUCGUUUGGGACAAGGAGCGCAAGUGCUGGACAAACACCGAGGGCGGCACCGACGAGACGGAAAGCUUCAAGCCGCCGCCCAAGAUGAGCGAUCUGGGCAUGGGCAUGCCGCCGGCCAUGGGAAUGGGAAUGGGAAUGGGCGUGGGCAUGGGUGCAGCAACCAAUCCGCUGGGCAGCCACCAACCAGCACCGUUGAUGGAUCAGCAGCAGCAGCAGCCGCAGCCGCAGCAACCACCGUCUCAGCCGCAAAUGUAUGGCAGUCCCAUUGAUUACACGGCUGCUCCGGCUGCACCCGAGAUGAUACCCACGGUCCCAACGCCGGCGCCACUUCCUGUCCCAUCACCUGCACCGCUGGCAGCGGCGGCCAAUCCCAGUCCCGCGGCCAAUCCCGGAGGUCCCCAGCCCAAGUUGCAGUCGAACAUGUUUAAGAUGCAACGCAACCGCACGCUGAAGAACUCCUACGUGGAUGUGUUCAAUCCCUCGGGGGCGCCCAUGUCGGCGGCCCCGGAGAAUGUGCUCGCCCCCAUAAUGGCGCCGGCUGCGGUGCCCCAAGGCGGUUUCUUUGUCCCCGGACAGCAAUAGGGGAUUAACGGAAGCAGGAGCAGGAGCCUCGCGAUCUGGAGCACCAGCAGCAGGUGUGUGUGCAUGGAUGGAGGAUGGAGGAUGAAGGAUGGAGGAGGAGGAUGUGAGAGGGCUGCCACAAAUGCCAACGAGAUGUGAGUUGAGAUGGAUGUUAGCGGAUGAUGCCUGAUUGAUGGGCCUACUCUUUUAUUGCAGCACUUCGAAACUACGUAAAAAAAUAAAAAGAAAAAACUUUUUCAACCGGCGAACGCUCACACACACACACACUGUCAUGCAUAAAAUAUACACACACACACACAUCCAUACGAGAAAAGACAACUUUCCAGCAGGGGAAAAGUUGAUCCUACGAUUUCUUCAAGCUCCUACAGUUUGUUAAUCUUCUGUCUGUCUGUCCUAUCUUGUUGUGUGUGUCGCUCUACUAAAUUAACUCACCCAACUAAAAAUUAAACACCUAAUUUCACCGAUUUGUGCGCAUGUGAGGAGUAAGUGUGUGUGUGUCAGGUGCGUGUGUGUGUGCGAUCGAUGUCCUAAAGUUUAGCGAAUGAUUAAUUGAGGAAACGAUGAAGAAAGCGAUUUAUGUACGACUAGCGAAUUAUAUAUGUAAAUUUUCUCUAUGUAAACUAUACGUCCCCCGAUCCCCGAGAAUCCCUCUAUAUCCUCCACGAACCCCCGCUGCCGCCUUCUUCCCCGAUUUCUGUUUAUAUACAUGUUUCUUUUGUAUGUUGCAUAGUUUUUAUGAUUAUUUUUUGUUUAGCUGUAUGAAUAUGUAUUCGAAGGAGGUCAGACAUUGAUUCGGAAUUCACAUUGAUUAUGCAUUGCAUUGCUGUAUUUCCCACAUCUAAAUACUAUAUAUAUAACUACUGAUCUAUCUGUUUGUUUCUAUAAACUACAUACGCAAUUGAUAUUGGAUUGAUAAGCGAUUAAGAAGCAAAUUAAUUGUUCUCCCUGGUUUCCUUUCUCGAUGUAUUCUCCUCUCUGUGUCUCUUUUAUUACGAUUGGUGUGAAAUAUGCAAAUGAUUCCAAUUAUAUAUAUAUAUUAUAAAUGUAUCUUUAGAACAAUUUAAA